AUGUACUCCGCCAAUUUGGCGCUAGUGAUGCUGGUCGCGGCUUCGGGACAGGCCCAGCGCUACCAGAGCGAGGACGCCAAUUACCUGAGCCAGAGCGACCUGUACAGCGAUUACGAGGCCGAGCGACCGGUCCACCCGACGCCCCGAAGCUACAGCGCCGCCGCGGCACCGGCCCAGCGCCAGCAGCCGGCCGGACCCAAGCCCACGCCCGUUGCCAUCCUCAAGCAGAUCAAUAGGCACAACGAGGACGGCUCCUACACCUACGGCUUCGAGGGUGCUGACGGCUCCUUUAAGAUCGAGACCAAGCAGGCCAACGGCGAAGUCAAAGGCAAGUACGGCUUCGUCGACGACAGCGGCAAGGUCCGAGUGGUCGAGUACGGCGCCGAUCAGUACGGCUUCCAGCCCGUCGGUGACGGCAUCACCGUGGCACCGCCGACCCUCGUGGACGAGACCACGAGCAAGGAGGCCCUCGAAGCCCAAAAGUACGACGACUACCAGACCUAUCAGCAGCCCAUCUCUAGACCUGCUCCAAGGCCGCAGCCGGUGAUCAAUCGUCAGCAAGCCGCCACCUACCAGUACCAGCCGCAGUACCCGACCCAGCAGCAGCACACGCAGGCCAUCUACGCGGCGCAGCAGACGCGUCUCGCGCCCAAACCCGCCCAGCCGAUUUACUCGCCGGCCGAGCAGCCCAGGCUGAAUCUGCAGUCGCAGCUGAUCCAGUCGCAGCUCUACACGAGCGACGAGCAGCCCCAGUACAAGAACGGCCCGGUGCAGUUCGGACCCGCCCCGGUGCAGGAGCACCAUCUCCAGGCCCGAGCUCAGCCCCAGGCUCGUAGCGGCGCCAACGGUGGUCUGCUCGAUCAGCUCGCCAGGGACUACGCUCUUCCAGCGGGUGGCGCUGCGCCUCUCCACGACAUCAGCUUCGGCUAUUACUAAGUCUCGAUUCCUUCGGGGGGACGAAGGAUAAACUCUAAGCAGAGAGUCAGGCCGAGAUGCUGAUAAGGACAGAGACUCUUGCCCGAGUCUUUCCA